AUGAACGAACUGGUGGUGUUCGACUCUAACCACCAGAAGGCCAUCAACGACUGCGAACUGGAUUAUUACAGCAAGAAACUGGCCACAUGUUCCAGCGAUAACACGGUGAAGAUUUUCGAUGUGAGCCUUUCGAAGGAGCCCGUGUGCGUAGCAGAAAUGCGGGACCACAGCUCAGCUGUGUGGAAGGUUUGUUGGUCACACCCCAAGUAUGGGAAUCUCCUAGCCAGUUGCUCCUACGACAAAAGUGUUAUCAUAUACAAGGAAGUACAAAUGAAUAAGUACAACAUUAUUUAUGUGAACACUGAACACAACAGUAGCGUGAACUAUAUAGAAUGGUCUCCACAUGAGUAUGGGUUGCACCUGGGGUGUGCCUGCUCCGAUGGACAAAUUAGUAUAAUCUCGUAUGACUUAGUGAAAGGCUCAAAUGAGGAAGGGCAGUGGAACAAGUAUAGCGUGAAGGCGCACCUGAACGGAACAGCCUGCAUAAGUUGGGAAAAGACGCAUAAGAAUAAGCAUAUGAAUGAAGGGACCACUGGAGCAUCUGCAGUAGCAGCAGUAUCCGCAGCCGCGGGCGCAGGAGGGGGGGGAGAUCACCCAAAUACCUUCCAACUAGCUUCAGGAGGCUUCGAUAAUCAAGUAAUAAUAUGGAUGUUCGAUAACAGCACGAAAGAAUUUCACAAAGUUUAUCAAAUGAAGGACAAACCACACAACUCUUCUAUUAAAGAUAUCGCAUGGAGACCAAACCUAAAUAAUUCCACCAAUAUUAUUGCUUCAUGUUCAGAUGAAAACAUUGUAAUCCUAUGGGUAGAGGAUAUAAGUAACAAGCAGUGGAGGAAUGGACAGGUCAUUCAAGUACAGGACAAAAUUAGUAAAGUAUGUUGGUCCCCCAAUGGGACCAUUCUAGCCAUUGCAUGCACAAAUGAAAAUGCCUACCUUUAUAGAGAAGGGUUGAAUGGCGUGUGGGAAGAAGUAUGCAAUUUGGCUGACAAUGAAAAGCUACAUGCACAGAUGGAGGCACAGGAAAAUCUUAUCGAUAAUGUAGGGGGCAUCAGUGAAGGAGCAGGGGCAUCAACCAUGCCGGCCACCACUGUGGGGAAUACAUCAACCAACCAGGUGGACCCUUACGCCGGUUCGUACAUCAACAACAACCCUGGUACUCAUAGCGAACCCCCUAAUGCCUUAAACACGGUGACGACCCAGAUGAACUAUGGUAAACCCCUCCCCAAUAAUAUAGGGGUCAAUCCUGUCGGGGCUCCAAAUAGCAGCGUAAGCACCCCCGGGAUGGUUCGAGGUUCAUUAAAUGUUCCACAGACGAGUAAUAAUAACACCCCCUAUGGUCAAUCUGUUACUGCUCCCAUGACACCAGGGGUGAUGCCCCCCCCUUUGAAGAAUAACAGCACCAUGAGUCAACAAAAUGUCACUCCUAAUUAUUUAAUUCCUUCACAUAAGAAAACAAGUACUUCAAGUGUCACAUCCAAUGUUUCUAGUUACCCCAUGGGUGGUCCUCCUGUUGGUGCAGCAGGACUUGCGCCUCCUCCACCUCCUCCCGUUGCACAAGACCAGGGUAAUGCACCCUAUGGUGGUUUGAAUUAUUCCCCUCCACAAGUACCCACACAACAAGGAGGCGUCUCUGCGCCACAAUUUCCUGCUAUUCCCUCUCCUACAAAUAUACCAUCCGUCGUACCCAUGGGUAAUAAACCAAGCAUCCCCGGACCACCUCCCCCACCUGGAGGACCACAACAACAGGCCCAGCAACAGGCGCAACAGGUGCAACCGCAUCCACCGUACCAACCACACCAACCGCCAUUUCCCGGCGCCAACUCCAGCACGAUGAAUUUUGCCAAGCCCAGCAGCCCAAUGCCACCCCCCCAAUUUCAAGGUGCAAAUGCGAACAAAACAAAUUUCAGCGCACAACAAAUUUCGCCUCCUCCUCCACCCCCUCCUCCAUUUGGCUCAACCCCCCCCCAACAGGGACCCCCUGUGCCCAAAGGAAUGAACCAGACAAACACCUUCUCAAAUUUUAAUCCAAAUGUGAUGACUCCACAUAACGCACCCCCACCAAUGGGUACGAAUCCCCCAGGACCACAUCUAAAAAAUGUACCCCCCCCAGGGAAUAGCUAUCCCCCCAUGAAUUACUCCCAUCCACCCCCACCUCCUCCCAACAUGAUGGGUGGUGACCCCGGUGCGAAGCCAACCCCCAAUGCACAGUACGGCGCUUACCCGAGUUAUAACCCGCCCCCCCAGUGA